AUGGUCAAAGACUUUGUCCAUCAGUCCAGCUACGAUCACUCCUGGUCCUCUUGCGUCAGGGCGUACUUCCUCAGGUAUCCCAAUCCCAACGCAUCCCAUGUUCUCUCCGUGGAUGUUGUCGACCGAAGAAUCGAGUACCGUCCUGUCCGCACCGGAUCUUCGUCAUCAGCCACUACUUCCUCGGUCACACUCGAUGAUCUCGAUACGCAACCUUCGCAAAGAGAAACGAUAGCAGUGCUUUGCACCACACGGUUGAUUCUCAAGCGAGGCAAUCUGCCGAAAUGGGCUCCUGCAGGCCUGAUGAAGAAUGCGGAGAGCUUUGUUAUGGAAGAGAGUGAGGUCGAGCUGGAUCUGUUUCCUCCAAGAAGCAAGCCCUCUGCCAGAGACAACGAGCGUGAUGAGCCUGUACAUGUGGCAAGUGCGUCUCCACCUGCCUUGGAGGCUUCGAGUCUCAAGGGCCGGACAAUGAACGGAAGAGCCAUGCGUAGUUGGACUCGCAACCUGGACCACACCACCGUGCUCGCCGUCACCGAAGGUCUCGUCUUCAAGGAGCGAUUUGGCUUCAUGAUGCCAGACAAGGCUGAUGGCUCCAACAGGCAAGCUCAGCAGCCAUUGUGGCGCUCGUACUGCAAGACGUUGACAACAUCCCAGAUUGAAUCGCAGGUCAGCUUCGGAAUGCUCAGAAGGCGAAUCGAAAAGUUCGGACUGGCUCGGUUCGUUGCACACAAGGACAGUUCGCAGCAAGGCAUCAUGUGGACUCGAGCCCAGCUCGAAGAGGACAGCAACACAUCAUUUAGCUCGAGCGACGGCGAGCAUGGUGUCCUGUCACGGACUUCGAUGCCGCAGAAGAGAUUCAAAUUGCUCGAGUCGCUUCGGCCACCCUUCUUGGACGGCUAUCCGCUCGGUCCCUUGCAGAAGAUGAAAAUGUGGUGGUAUUCAGGUCACUAUUCGCAAGUGAAAGAGCUGCGCGAUGGCUAUCUGAUUGAGAGAGACGAAGAAGAAGAAGAUGUCGACCCUGCCCGCAGACACUCGUCUCAAAGUGCAUCGGCGGCAACCGGCAGCAGCUCAGCACUCGAGUCUGGAGCAGACAGAGCAGAAGGAACCUCAAUACGAUUCCGCGGAGCGGAGCAAGAAGGCCCGUGGGCAGAGCUUAGCGGUCGAAAGGGAAAGGGCGCGGUCUACAGUGAUCAAGAUCGUAACGUCGAGGAAGGUGUUUUGAACCGAUUGCGCGCCAGAUUCGGGCUGCCGAUAGUACAACCUCCUAGAUCUGAAGCUGCGAGGCAGGGCGUGUUUGCAAGAGCGAUAGAGAGAGCGAGCAUCAAAGUCAAGUCGCUGCUUGGAUUCGAUGAUGACGAGAUGCGCGCCAAGCAGCAAACCCAGGGUAGACUCGAGCGUAUUGACAGAGACCGAACUGUCUAG